AGCACCAGCAGCAAUCAAUAUGCCGUCACAGAGAAGUCCUACCAAGCGAAGUCCAACCAAGCGUAGCCCCCAGAAGGGAGGCAAGGGUGGCAAGGGAGCCAAGCGCGGAGGAAAGGCCAGCAAGCGUCGUGGAGUCGCUGUGAAAAGACGUCGCCGUCGACGUGAAAGCUAUGGAAUCUACAUCUACAAAGUGUUGAAACAAGUCCAUCCCGACACUGGUAUUUCAAGAAGCGCCAUGUCCAUCAUGAACAGCUUUGUUAACGAUGUGUUCGAGCGUGUCGCUAGUGAAGCCUCGCGUCUUACCACAUACAGCCGUAAGAGCACCGUUUCAAGCCGCGAAGUACAGACUGCUGUUCGUCUGCUUCUCCCUGGUGAGCUUGCAAAGCACGCCGUUUCAGAAGGUACCAAGGCUGUCACCAAAUACACCACAUCCCGAUAG